GGCUACAAGAGGGCCCGAACCCUCCGGCUUGGCCAAAUGCGAGUGGUUAGCACGGGAAAAAGAGGAAAAAGGAGAAGAAAACCUUAACGGUAUGGGGAGAGGGAGUGGGUGGGCAGUGCUCUCGGUGCUGCUGCUCUCUUUGAAUGGCUUUGUGGUGAGCGCAGUGGGGAGGCAACUGGCGAGUGGUGAUGGGGAGGAGAAGUUUUUUUGGAAGAAAAAGGGUGGAGUGUUCGGCCAUGGGCUAGGUGGGGGUCUUGGGUUAGGCAAGGGUGGGGGCUUUGGUGGCGGUCAUGGCUUCGGUGGCGGAUUCGGCAAGGGUGGUGGUCUCGGCGGUGGAUUCGGCAAGGGUGGUGGUCUCGGCGGUGGAUUCGGCAAGGGUGGGGGCUUUGGUGGCGGUCAUGGCUUCGGUGGCGGAUUCGGCAAGGGUGGUGGUCUCGGCGGUGGAUUCGGCAAGGGUGGUGGCUUGGGUGGCGGUCAUGGCCUCGGUGGCGGAUUCGGUAAGGGUGGUGGCCUCGGCGGUGGGUUUGGUAAAGGUGGCGGUCUUGGUGGUGGCCAUGGUUUCGGUGACGGAUUCGGUAAGGGCGGUGGCCUCGGCGGUGGGUUUGGUAAAGGUGGCGGUGGCGGCCAUGGCUUCGGUGGCGGAUUCGGUAAGGGUAGUGGUGGCCUCGGCGGCGGGUUUGGUAAAGGUGGCGGUCUUGGUGGUGGCCAUGGUUUCGGUAGCGGAUUCGGUAAGGGUGGUGGCCUCGGCGGUGGGUUUGGUAAAGGUGGCGGUCUUGGUGGCGGCCAUGGCUUCGGUGGCGGAUUCGGUAAGGGUGGUGGCCUCGGCGGUGGGUUUGGAAAGGGUGGCGGUCUUGGUGGUGGUCAUGGCUUCGGUGACGGAUUCGGUAAGGGUGGCGGCCUCGGUGGUGGCUCUGGUGACGGUGGUGGACUCGGUGGUGGUUUCGGUAAGGGUGGGGGUCUUGGAGGUGGACUUGGUGGGGGAGGCGGCGGCGGCGGUGGUGCUGGACUUGGUGGCGGAGGAAUUGGAGGGGCACAUUAAAGUGGGCAGUAUGUACGUUGCAUGGUCAUCUUAAUAUGUUGGUUUUACUAGUCUGAAAGCUACGCAGCUAUGUUGUCGUUGACCAUGUUAUCCCUCCUUUUUCGUGAAAACUUUGUACGUUGAACUUACAGUACUUGUUAAGGAGUAAAUGCCACAUGCUGUUGUUUCGAAGCA